AUGGCGGAGCUCGACAUCAGCCCGGCGGCCGUGCUGGGUUUCCUGCGGGAACGCGGCGGGUCGGUGCGUAACGCCGAGUUGGUGAGCGCCUUCCGGCCGCUGCUGGAGGCCGGCGGGGAGGCGGCGGAGCGGACGGAGCGGCGGGAGCGGUUCAAGGCGGCGGUGAACGCUGUAGCUGUGGUGAAGGAACGGGACGGAGCCAAGUUCGUCGUGCUGAAGCGGGAUCUGCGUGCCGCCCCGCCGCCGGGUGGCGCGCUGGCGCCGGGGGGCGCUCCGGCCCCGGGAGACGGCGAUGGCGCCGGCCCCGACCCCGACCCCGGCCCCGGCCCCGAUCCCGAUCCAAUUCCGGCCCCGGGUCCCACGGGGCGGCUCUCGCCGGCGCCCCCCGAGGAGCUGCCGGGCCCACGGGCCGUCUCCGAGCUGCGGGGUCUCUUCCAAGGUGGUGAUGGCACCGUGCCCCUGCCCGCCGGUGCAGCGGGGACCCGGCGGGAGCCGCUGCCCAAGCCUUGCAUGCUCCCGGUUCGCUGCGUGCCACCCCCCUCUGCCACCGCCCCCACCCUGGGGACGCCUGAGGAGCCAGGGUCCCCCUUGUCACCCCCGCAGCCGGAGGAGGAGGCGGCUUGGUCCCGCUCACCCGGCCUGCGGCGGGGGCCCAAGACCCAUCGUGCCAGUGAGGAGACGGCAGCGGUGCCCCUGGAGGAGGCUGAGCACCAGUGGCUGGUGAUGGCGGCCGGUGGGCAAUGGACCCAGCAGCUCCAUGGGCUGCUGCUGGGCGAUGCCAGCUUGGCAGCACGGAGGGACUUCAUCUCAGGCUUCACUGCCCUGCACUGGGCUGCCAAGAAUGGCAACUGUGACAUGGUGACGAACAUCAUCCGAGCGGCCGAGAAGGGUGGCACCCGGGUCAACGUGGACGCCAGGGCGCACGGCGGCUACACGGCGCUCCACUUGGCUGCCAUCCACGGCCAGGAGAAGAUCAUCACCAUGCUGGUCUACAGCUACCACGCCAAGACCGACCUGAGGGACUACAGCGGGAAGAAGCCACACCAGUACUUAAAAGAAGGGGCAUCCUCAGCCAUCAGGCGCUUGCUGGGGGACCCCAGCCUGACCCACAACGUGGAGCCCUCCGUGCCCAUCAAGAAGAGCACAAAGCUUGCAGCUUCCAUCUUGAGCUCCACGAGCACUUUCCUGGGGGUCAUAUCUGAUGACAUGGCUUUUUAUGAUCUCACCAAAGGUUUAAGGAAGCCUUCGUCCUUGAACAAGCUCCUGGCUGCCACCACGGGCCCGAGGAGGAAGCCAAAGACCCGAGGGGGGUUCCCUUCGUACUCCUCCCUCUCCGAGGCAAUGGAUGACGAGGAAGAGGAGGUGGUUGUGAAACGCAGACCUGUUUCUGAGCUGUUCUUUGGCCACUAG